AGCACAGAGCAGCACAGAGCAGCACAAGGACACACUCUGCAUAUUGUGCUGCCGGACAAGGAGGUGACAGCCAGUCAGGCUGAGACAAAGGAACUUCCAGACCUCUGACAGCAGGAAAGAUGGUGUCUGUCUGGUGGUUGCUGCUUCUCGGUACAACCGUAUCUCACAUGGUGCACACACAAGAGCAGCCUUUACUGGAGGAGGACACAGCACCAUUAGAUGAUCUGGAUGUUCUUGAGAAAGCCAAAGGUAUCCUGAUCCGCAGUAUCCUGGAGGGAUUUCAAGAAGGGCAACAAAACAAUAGAGAUCUACCAGAUGCAAUGGAAAUUAUAUCUAAGCGCCAGCACCCAGGGAAACGAUUCCAGGAGGAGAUAGAAAAGAGACAACACCCUGGAAAGAGGGAUCUGGAAGAUCUGAAUCUAGAGCUUUCCAAAAGGCAACACCCCGGAAGAAGAUUUGUGGAUGAUGUAGAGAAGAGGCAACAUCCAGGAAAGAGAGAAGAGGGUGACUGGAGUAGGAGGUAUCUGACAGAUGACUCACGUUAUUUGGAUCUCCUUUCUGAUGUUUCCAAGAGACAGCACCCAGGCAAAAGAGUUCCAGCCCCAUUGUUUACAAAACGUCAACACCCAGGUAAGAGAGAGACAGAAGAAGAGGGUGAUACUGAAUUUGAAAACUCGAAGGAAGUGGGGAAGCGCCAGCAUCCAGGAAAGAGAUAUGACCCUUGUGAAGGCCCUAAUGCCUACAACUGUAACUCAGGAAACAUUCUACCGGAUUCUGUAGAAGAAUUGAGUUUUGGGCUUUAAGCUGCCCAGCCCCUUUAUUAGUUCCAUCUGACCCUAAAUGAUUCCCAAUGAACACAACUUUCUAUAAUUGUUAAAUAACAUUGUAUUAAGUAUCAUAAAUUUCUGGAAAGCAAGCAGCUCUUAGAACACUUCUUCGCUUUAAAAGGCACCUGGGGCAUAAGAGUAUUAAGCUUCAGACAGUAACCUGCCCACCACAGGGAGGGAUUCAACAAUCACAAUUGGCUGAGUAUUCCUUUCCCUUGUUUGGCAGUGAGAUCAGAUAAUAAAUAUAAGAUGGCCAGGAAAGUGAAAGUGGACUCUUUCUUUUCUGAAAAUUUUCAAGUAACACCAAAAUAUAAUAAUUUGCACACUCAGUAGUAUUAACGUGAAGAUCUCAAGAAGGUUAUAAAUUCUUGGUGAAUUUAAUUCAUAGUUCAUAGUUUAAUUCAUAGUUGCUUCCAUGGUUUGAUGGGGAAUGCACAUUCUAAAUUGCUUAUUGCUAAUUAGCGCUUGCCACACAGUUCUGGUGGUAGAUCUUGAUGAGGCAUAUUCAAUAAAAGUAGAGCCCAUAGUAAAAUUUGUGCCCCGUCAGCUUUAAGGAUCCUCUGUAAGCAAUAUGUGUUGUGAGGGCCACUUGUUUCUAAAGUAAUAUUUUCAUUUUAAUAAAUAUGUCUACUCAA